AUCAUUAUAAGACAAUCUUCUUCUCAAGAUACUUUGAAACUUACUAUUUAUUUUCUCCAAGAACAUCCAUUAUCUUAACCUAACCCCACACCUUACCUAUUUAUCGGCUUUUGCUUUUGUAUCAUAUCCCAGCCGAACUCCCAUACCCAAACACUUCACGAAGCUUGACGACGUUAUUGUAUCAACCACCCAAGUACUCGUUUCUCUUUUGAUCUGAUUUCAAAACUUGAUUAUAUUGCACUUUUUGCACUGUACCUAUAUUCAACACCACACAAUGUCCGCUGUUGCCAAAGCACCUCCCAAGGUCGGAUCUAAGACCGGCUCCCCCGCCAAGCUACGCAAGGGCUCAGGUUCCAGUGCUGCCUCGAAGCCCAGCGUCUCAGAGACCCCAGCCAAGUCUGUCAAGAAGACUCCCGCGAAAAAGCUCACCCCGAAGGCCCCCGAGCCCAUCCAAGACGAUGUCGACGAUAUCUCUGUUCCUGAGACCCCCUCUCCAAAGUCCAAGAAGAAGGCACCUUCCUCCGAACAGCGCCGCACCAUCUCUCCACCCGACGAUGCCGUCUCUCAGGCUUCAGGAUCCGCCGCUCCUCUGGGAGGAGGUGCCUCUGGUCUGAAGAAGAAGGCUAAGGAUGCUGCUGGAAAGGCUAAGGAUGCCGCUGGAAGUGCUAAGGAUACCGCCUCGAAGGGAGCGGAGACAGUCACCAACAAUGUCCCACUCGAUCUAUCUGCCUUGAAAGGUCUCUCCGUUGCCGAUGGCGGCCAAAUUCUCGGAGACGAUGGUAACCCUCUUGGAAAGGUUGUUGAGGGUGACCCCGAGGAUCUGGUCGGCCAGACCGUCGGUGACGAUGGUGAAAUCGUCGACGAGGAUGGUGACCUGAUUGGCCGCGUUGAUAUUCUCCACGACGUUGAGGAACAGACCAACGGCAUCCCCGACGAGGCCGAGUCUAAGCUCGACGAGGCCAAGAACGUCGUCACCGACUUGGCUCAACUCGAAGGGCUUGCUGUGUCUGACGGCGGCGUGAUUAAGAACUCUGCCGGUCAGGUCGUUGGCAAGAUUGUCGAGGGUGACCCCGAGGACCUGAUUGGAUACACUCUCAACGAGGAUGGCGAGGUUGUUGACGAUGAUGGCGACGCCAUUGGUCGUGUUGAGCUACUUCCCGUCGAAGAACAGGAGAAGAAUCUUCAGGAAGCUGCUGGAGAUGUCACCGAUAAGGCAAAUGUAGUCAAUGAUGAAGUUGAUGAUGAUUUCGAAGAUGCCGAGGACAACCUGCCCACGGAUCAAGUCAAGGAUGCCGCCGACGACGCUGUCGAUGAUGAUGCAGUUGAGGAAGCUCAAGAUGCCGCUCCUGAUGUCGAUGAGGCUAAGGGCAAGGCUGAGGAUACUCUGGACGAGGCCGCUGACAAGGCCGAAGAGGGCGUUGACGAAGCCGGUGACGCAGUGCCUGAUGUAGAUGAGGCUAAGGAUACCGCCGAGGGUGCUGUUGAGGAGGCUGAGGAGGCCGGGCUUCGCAUUCCCGACCUUGACACUCUCGAAGGCCUCACCCUCAACAAGCGCGGCUACGUCAUCGAUAAGGACACCGGCAAACCCAUUGGUGAACUCAUCGAAGGCGAUCCCAAGAAGAUUUCUCGACUGAAGGCUACCCUUGAUGAUCAGGGUCAGUUCUGGGACAACCGCGGAAACGUCAUUGGCAAGGUCAAGGCUCUUCCCGUCGAAGACGACAACGACGAGGAGGGACCUUUCGCUGGUCUCGAGGGUCUCGUCGUCGGCCAGGAUGGCUGGAUCGAAGACGAGAACCAACGACGUGUCGGUAAGCUUGUCGAAGGCGACGCAAAGAAGCUUAUUGGUCGUGGUGUCGAUGAGGACGGCGAGAUCCUCGAUCGCCAUGGCAGCGUGAUUGGUCGCGCCGAACCCUAUGAGGAGCCUGAGCCCGAGCCCGAAGAAGAGGAGGCUGCUCCUGAUCUUUCAAUCCUGGACGGCCUGCGCCCUAACAAGGCUGGUUACGUUAUUGGCUCUGAAGGCUUCCCCAUCGCCCGCGUCGUUGAGGGUGACCCUAAGAAGCUUGCUGGAAAGAAGAUUUACGAUGGUGAGAUUUACGAUGGCAAGAAUGUUGUCGGUCGGGUCGAGCUUAUCCCCGAAGAGGAACGCGAGGACAAGGCUGAAGGUCCCUUCGCCGGCUUCGAGAGCCUGGUCGUGACUAAGGAUGGUUUUGUCGAAGAUGAGGAAGGUACCAUCGUGGGCAAGCUGAUCGAGGGCGAUGCCAAGAAGCUUCGCGGUCGCGCCGUCGAUGAGGAUGGCGAGAUUACCGACAAAUACGGCAAUGUCAAGGGUCGUGCCGAGCCUUAUGAAGAGCCAGAGGAGGAGGCCCCCGAGGAGACUGAUCUGUCUAUCCUUGAGGGCAAGGUUGUCAACAAGAGCGGCAAGGUCGUGGACCCUGCCACGGGCGCUGUCUUUGGUCGCGUUGUCGAAGGUGGAAAGGGUCUUGCUGGUCGCAAAGUCGACGGCAAGGGCCAGAUCUGGGGCGAUGAUGGCAAGAUCAUUGGUCGCGCCGAGCUGAUUCCCGGAGCUGAGCAGGAGAAGGCCGAAGGAGCAUUCUACGGCUUCGAUGACGCUGUUGUCGGCAAGGAUGGUCUCGUCUUCUCUGGUGACAAAGUCAUCGGACGUCUCAUUGAGGGCGAUGCCAAGCGCCUCGUGGGUCGUAAGGUCGAUGAAGAUGGUGAUGUUUCCGACAAGAACGGUAACACCAUUGGCAAAGCCGAGCGCUGGGAGCCUGAAGAGAAGCAGCGCGAUAUCAACCCCAUGUCAGGCCGAAAGGUCAACAAGGAGGGUGAGGUGCGCGAUGCUGAUGGUAACUUGAUUGGCAAGUUGACUUCUGGUAACCUGGCCACUCUCGUUGGCAAGAAAAUUGACGACAACGGCUUCGUUAUUGACAACGAUGGCAACAAGAUUGGUGAAUGUACUCUGUUGGAGAACAUCCCCGAAGAGGAACCUGAGGUUGAGGAAGAGGAAGGACCUACUGCCGAAGAGCAGGAGGCCCAGGCCAAGGCCGAGCAGGAUCGUCAGCUGGCCGAGAAGAUGUGCCACAUUUUGCGCCAGACUCUCGACCAGGUCAAGCCUAUCUGCAAGCAAAUCACCGACCGCCUCGAUCAGGCAGACCGCACUCCCAAGGAUGAGCUUGAUGAAGAGAAGCUUGUCAAGGAUGUCAAGCCUUUGAUCGAAGAAGGUGGCCGUAUCCUGCAGGAGUGCAAUGGCUCUAUUCGCGGUCUCGAUCCCGAUGGUCGUAUCGCUGCUACCGCCAAGGCUCGUGCCUCUACUCGCGAUGCCACUCCCGAGGAAUAUCAGCUGGCCGAUAUGAUCAAGGAGUUGACAGAGACUGUGGUGAAGACCAUUGAUAACGGCAAGAGGCGCAUUGCCGACAUGCCCCAUGCCAAGAAGAAGCUGAACCCUCUUUGGGCUCUGCUCUCCGAGCCUCUGUUCCAGAUCAUCGCUGCAGUUGGUCUGUUGUUGAACGGUGUUCUCAGCUUGGUUGGCCGUCUUCUCGAUGGACUUGGCUUGGGCGGUAUUCUGAACGGCAUCCUUGGCGGCCUUGGACUGGACAAGCUGAUCAACAAUCUUGGUCUGGGUGGUUUGACCGAUGCUCUGGGCUUGGGUGGCAAGAAGUAAAACAUAAUUUGUUUCUUUUGGAUUUGAUUUUACCAGCGCUGUUGCUAUUGUUUCUUUGGUUUCUUGAAAACGUUUCCUCCCUGUAUUUUUUAUCAGUCUGCUUGUGAUUUGGAUUUCAACCUUGCUCUUGAUUUCUGAAAAUUCCUGCGAUGCACUUGCUGUCUCCUGGCUGAGAUACUUAAUGAUCGAUUGAAUUCAAUUUUUCAUCAUUUGAAAUGAGACUAUGAGUAUCUUUAUCCUCGUAAAUCUUAAGAGACUACUGACCUCUAAUAAAAAUUUACUGUAAUUGUCCCCACAGUCCUUCCUCUUAAACGUAGUUGUUGAAUAAAAAAAAAAAAAAAAACCCAUCCGUCCCAUUCACCGGAUUUCUUUCUUCAUGAAAAUCGUCCUCAUAUCCCACGGCUUUCCAUUCCGAUCCACUACAUCAUAGAAGUUUUGCACUGUCUUGACAGGAACAUAACCCCUACGGAGGUACCACUCCUCGGUGCUGAACUACUCAGGAGCGUCAGAUUGAACAUGUCGGUAUUUUGAUACCUGGAAGUCGCCUACCUUUGGAACAGCUCCAUAAGUUGCAAGAGCAAAGUCUUCCCUCAUUUGGUCUUCGCUCGGAAUGACAUCAAGCAUCAGCAUUGUCGCAAGCAAUGGCUCUCUCACAGCCAUGGACUCCACCUCAUCCAUUGCCGCCCGCCCAAUGCCUUUGCUUUGAUAAGCUUUAGACACAUAAAACGAUUUAAUCCAGAAUAGGCCAGGCGCUGAGCUAGAGACACCCACUUUCUCUACUCCUGGGUACCGCGAGUCCAAAGAGAUGUGUCCGAUAGGUACAAAUUCCCUUUGGGUAGCUUCUCGGGGUACCCCGUUGAUUGAUGUGGUUGUAUCAUAAAGCUUUCCAUUUGCC